AUGCUCAGCCGUGGAUUUAAUGCGAGAGUUACGUCUUCCGCUGGAGAUACCGACAGCAGUGAUAGCGAUGAGUCCAUGAACAACCAUGGCGGCAAUCGAACGCCAAUACAUACUCCGCCAGCCUCUGAGGAUGGAUCUGAGGAUGGAUCUGAGGAUGGAUCGGAAUCACCCGAGACGAUUGACGAGUUUGCUGGAAUCUCACUCGAAGACAGACAGCCGGAGGUGUUUCCAUCAAGUAUAGAGGAUCCACGAUCCACGACCGCGAACUCCUCAAGGUCUUCAAAGCGCCGUGCAAGCAGUCCACUGGUAAGGUCGCCCGCGAAGCAAACACCAACGAAGGCCACGUUCCCGGCUCGUGCCACCUUCGACAACAGAGGUCGUACAUGUCCCCCGCAAAGUAGCCUUGGUGGCCCCUCUCCCACACGGCAGCCUCCUGUUUGGACCGCAGACAAGUUGCCUGAGGCUUCAGUUGAUCUUGACCUUGCUUCUGAAGAAGAUGUGAAACGUCCUCGACGAGAACAACCCCCAAAUGCGGAGGAGACCGAGGCCCAAGAUGAGUAUUGCCCAGCUACUGCCUGUGAACCGGCUUUGGCGAAGCGCGGACAACUGGUUCUCCAGCCGAUCUCGUCUCCAAUCUCUCAGGACCAGCUCGCCGUCGAGAUCAAAGGCAUCUACGCCGGCCUGGUCAUGGUUGAGGCAAAGUGCAUGAACAUUGACGCGGCUCAGUCCAAGUCUGACGCAAAGGAGCUCGAACCAGAGCAGUGGCAAGCCUUGAUCGCACUCCAUCGGACGCUCCUGUAUGAACACCACGACUUCAUGAUGGCCACGCAGCACCCAACUGCGAGCCCCGCCAUCAGCAAUCUGGCAGCCAAGUACCAUAUGCCCGCUCGGAUGUGGCGCCACGGCAUUCAUUCCUUCCUGGAAGUGCUCAGACAUCGCAGGCCAGCGUCUCAGGAGUACAUGCUGUCGUUCAUUUAUCUCGCCUAUCAGAUGAUGGCGCUCCUGUUCGAGACAGUGCCUGUCUUCACCGAUACGUGGAUUGAAUGCUUGGGCGACAUCGCGCGCUACAGAAUGGCCAUCGAGAACGACAAGGAGAUUCAUACGCUGUGGGGAAGUGUUGCCAGUCGUUGGUACAAUACGGCCUCGGACAGACACCCUUCAACCGGGAGACUCUACCACCACCUUGGAGUACUCGAGAAGCUCAGCGCGCGCAAGCUGUCCUUGUACGCGAAGAGUCUAACGUGCAGCAGUCCAUUCCAGAACGCUCGAGAUUCGUUAAUGACACUGUGCGGACCAAUAGCUCGAGGCGACCCAGCCAUUCAAUUCGCCAAUCCUGGAGUCGAAGCUGCAAUGUUGACCUUCCACGCAACAGUUCUGACCGGAGACGCAGACUCCAAACGACUGAAAAGUCUUUCGCUCCAGGCAGUUUCGCUCCUCCAGUCGGAGCCCACUGCGAGCCUGUCGCACAUGGGCAUCUUUGUUACUGUUACUUGCGUCUCUCAUGUCUUGGAGUUCGGGUCCGCUUCCAAUGUGCUCUGGCAGUCUUUCGUUCCGACCGGUGUUGCUGCAUCCGCCGGCCAACUUACGUCAGGUGUUUUGCCGAAGGGUGACACCAGUAUCUCUGGUGUCUCUUAUGUCUCUGGUGUCGCUGGUGUUCAUGGUGUUCCUGGUGUCAACAACUCCGCUCGCUCAACAUGCUCUACUGUCGUUCUCGACCAUUGCUACGCCGUCCUCAACUCUUUCGUCGAACGUCCAACAGACCAGAAAUCGCUGCCGGACCUGCUACCUUCAAUUCAUACGAUCCUUGUCUGGCUGAACAGCAUUCAAUCUCUUGACUUUUCAAAGCUUGGACAUUCUACCACAUACACGAAAGAUCGGCUCAUCUCAAGCUUCUCUUGGAAUGGACUGGCCAGGUUUCUGAACCACUUGCUGGCUGAGACGCCUGUGGAAGACAUCACUAUCGCUCGUGCUCGGGGAAAAGAUUUCUUCUGGGCGCCGUCGGAUGGCAGACCAAAGCUCCUGCCAGAGGAUCAUUACAUGCGAGGACUUGCGUGGACAAUACCUUACUUCCCUCCCGGCUGGUUCGGUGGACUGAGUGAUGAUGAUGAGGAUCGAUAUGCUGAAAGCAUUUCCGUACAUCAAGCGCGGGCUGCCAGAGUGCAAGGGCUAGCCAUCAGACUGGCAGGCCACAACACCCCUCUUCAAUUCGACCACUUGUCGAGGAAGUUCCGCGCUCCUGCCAGAGCGGUCCCAAGUCCCAGAGACCCCGUGUCGUACAGCCCGAUACUUGACAGCAAGUACAAGACGUCAGAAUGGACUCGGAACGCCGGACACCGCCAUAUGGUCAGUGUUGGCCCAGCCGCACCCAGGGACGCAGAACCUGGCUCGUCUCCGAUGAUACAUUAUCCAAUACCAAAGCAUUCCUUUCGUGGUGCUAAGAAUAUGCAACAUGGUCGACCAGAAUAA